CAUGACGGAGAUUGUGUGCUUCUCGGCACCCUCUCUGACUGGUGUCGGUCCGGUCCAGGUCAGUGUUAGUGUGGACCGGGCCCAAGUGAAGGAGAGCCUGGUGUUUGAGUACAUCGAUGACCCGACCGUCCAGCGCAUCGAACCUGAGUGGAGCAUCGCCAGCGGACACACUCCUCUGAUGGUGAUGGGGACCAAUCUGGACGUGGUGCAGGAGCCACGGAUCCGCGUGAAGUACGCCGGACAUGAGUCUGUUAACGUGUGUAAGGUGUUAAACACUACCUCCAUGAGCUGCUUCGCCCCUUCCCUGACCGCAGAGUAUCGUCCCGGUCUCGACUCGGUGAAACACGCCGACGAGUUUGGCUUCAUCUUCAACAACGUGCAGGCGCUGCUGGUCUACAACAACACCAACUUCCUGUACUACCCCAACCCUUUCUUCGAGCCCCUCAGCACCAACGGCGUGAUGGAGCAGAAACCCGGCUCCCCCAUCAUCCUCAAGGGGAGGAAUCUGGUGCCGCCGGCGUCUGGGGGUGUGAAGCUGAACUACACGGUGCUCAUCGGGGAGACGCCCUGCUCCGUCACCGUCUCUGAGACCCAGCUGCUCUGUGAACCGCCCAACCUCACCGGACAGUACAAAGUCAUGGUGCAGGUGGGCGGACUUCAUGUGUCUCCCGGCGCGGUCCACAUCCUGUCGGACAGCCUGCUGACCCUGCCGGCCAUCGUGAGCAUCGCGGCCGGAGGCGGACUCCUCCUGAUCAUCGUCAUCCUCGUGCUGAUCGCCUACAAGCGCAAGUCUCGUGAGAACGACCUCACCCUCAAACGCCUGCAGAUGCAGAUGGACAACCUGGAAUCCCGCGUGGCCCUAGAGUGCAAGGAAGCCUUUGCUGAGCUGCAAACGGACAUCAACGAGCUGACAAGUGAUCUGGACCGGGCCGGAAUCCCAUAUCUGGACUACCGCACUUACGCCAUGAGGGUGCUGUUCCCUGGCAUCGAGGACCAUCCGGUGCUAAGAGAACUGGAGGUUUCUGGUAAUGGGCAGCAGAGUGUUGAGAAGGCGCUGAAGCAGUUUGCACAGCUGAUCAACAACAAGGUGUUCCUGUUGACCUUCAUCCGCACACUGGAAACCCAGCGGUCAUUCUCCAUGCGCGACCGCGGCAACGUGGCCUCGCUCAUCAUGACCGCACUGCAGGGCCGUCUGGAGUACGCCACCGAUGUGCUUAAGCAGCUGCUCUCCGACCUCAUCGAGAAGAACCUGGAGAGCAAGAACCACCCCAAGCUGCUGCUGCGCAGAACGGAAUCAGUUGCUGAGAAGAUGCUGACCAACUGGUUUGCUUUCCUGCUGCACAAGUUCCUGAAGGAGUGUGCCGGUGAGCCCCUGUUCAUGCUGUACUGUGCCAUAAAGCAGCAGAUGGAGAAGGGCCCCAUAGACGCCAUCACUGGUGAGGCCCGCUACUCACUCAGCGAGGACAAGCUCAUCCGCCAGCAGAUCGAGUACAAGACCCUGAUUCUGAACUGUGUGAACCCGGACAAUGAGAACAGUCCUGAGAUUCCGGUCAAGGUGCUUAACUGUGACACCAUCACCCAGGUGAAGGAGAAGAUACUGGACGCAGUCUACAAGAACAUGCCGUACUCCCAAAGACCCCGCGCCGUAGACAUGGACUUGGAGUGGCGCCAGGGCCGCAUGGCUCGAGUGGUUCUACAGGACGAAGACAUCACCACCAAGAUCGAGAAUGACUGGAAGAGGCUCAAUGCUCUCAUGCACUACCAGGUGUCUGACCGGUGUGUGGUGGCAUUGGUGCCCAAACAGACCUCCUCCUACAACAUCCCCCCUUCAGCCAGCAUCUCUCGCACCUCCAUCAGCAGAUAUGACUCGACGCUCCGCUACACUGGCAGCCCAGACAGCCUGCGCUCCCGUGCCCCUAUGAUCACGCCUGACCUGGAGAGCGGCGUCAAGGUGUGGCACCUGGUGAAGAACCACGAGCACGGCGACCAGAAGGAGGGCGACCGCGGAAGCAAGAUGGUGUCCGAGAUCUACCUGACCCGCCUGCUGGCCACCAAGGGUACUCUUCAGAAGUUUGUGGACGACCUCUUUGAGACACUCUUCAGUACGGUCCACAGAGGCAGUGCCCUUCCUCUGGCCAUUAAAUACAUGUUUGACUUCCUGGACGAGCAGGCGGACAGACACGCCAUCCACGACACGGACGUACGCCACACAUGGAAAAGCAACUGCCUUCCUCUGCGUUUCUGGGUGAACGUGAUCAAGAACCCGCAGUUUGUCUUCGACAUCCACAAAAGUAGCAUCACAGAUGCGUGUCUGUCGGUGGUGGCGCAGACCUUCAUGGACUCCUGCUCGACCUCCGAACACCGGCUGGGCAAGGACUCACCCUCCAACAAGCUGCUCUACGCUAAAGACAUCCCCAACUACAAGAGCUGGGUGGAGAGGUACUAUGCGGACAUUAACCGGCUGCCUGCCAUCAGUGACCAGGACAUGAACGCCUACCUGGCCGAGCAGGCGCGUCUCCACUCCAACGAGUUCAACAUGCUCAGUGCCCUCAAUGAGAUCUACUCUUACGUUAGCAAGUACAGCGAGGAGAUCAUAGCGGCCCUGGAGCAGGACGAGCAGGCUAAGAAGCAGCGUCUGGCCAUGAAAGUACAACAACUCAUCACCGCCAUGUCUCACGAGAGCUGAGAGCACCACAGAGCAACGGAGAGCGCGCGCGCGAGAGAGAGAGAGGGGGGGAGAAAGAGAGAAUGAACAACAUCAAGAGUGAGAGAAAGAGAGAAAAGCAAGGGGGACUGGCAUCUGCACCUGUGCCAUCCUUCCACCACUACCACCCAAGGAGUCUCAGCACAGCACAUGGUACUUAACGCUGACCUGAGACCGGGGAUUUUCAGCUCCACCAAACCAGUAGGACUGGUUCAGUGGACCUUACCAAAAUGUCUGCCCUCACAAGACACUGGCUGGAGGUGCAUGUUCCAUCCUGUUGUGAACAGAUAAUGAGAGCAGAGCUGUCCUGAGACACCUCAACUUUUUUUCCCCAUUUUCUUCGGCAGUCUCUUGUGUGUGUCUGGCACAAGAGCAACACGCAGUGACAGGAACUCAAGCAGGACAACAUGAUGGGGCAGCAUAUCUCUCUCUCUCUCUCGCUCUCUCUCUCUCUCUCUCUCUCUCUCUCUCUCUCUUUUUUUUUUCUCUCUCUUACUACGGACUCUUAAGAGCCAGAGUGGAACAUUUGGCUGUAGCCAUGUCCUUUGAGAAUUUUUAUUUUUAUACACGAACACUUUAAAAACCUCUUCCAUUACUCCGUGGCUUUUGGCAUCUCCCGACAUCGUGAUGCAUACGGCUCUUCUCGCUUUCGUGUCCUGUCUCGUUGGGUGACGGGUUGACAACGACAGGACGGAGAGCCUGUCUCAUCGGUCUGUCCCUCUCUCUCUCAUCCUCACUCUCGGAGGCCAGUCGCCAGCCUUCUUCCGAAAGACGCAGAGAGACUAGACGUGAGUUUACUGUCCACUCAUGGAGUAAAAAAAAAAACAAUGUGCGAAAGAGUGAAAGGUCACGUGAUCAAUCAGGUCGGCCGAUCCUCCGCAUCGUGUCACAGUUUAUCUCGGAGGAAAGGAGUGGCUGAUCGACGACUUCAAAAGACUCUCCUCAGCCAGUGUCUCUGUGUGUAAAUGUCCCGUUCUUCUUCUUUUUUAAAACGACGUGUGAAAUUGUAUGUGAAUGUACAAAAUGUUGCUCUAUUUUAGUCAUCUUUUGUUUUCCUAGAGCAGAGAGAGGCCGCAGAACAGAGCUGAACUCUGAGGGAAGACCCUUGGCCAAGAGAAAAAAAUGCUGUAAACAUUCUGGUUACCGAGGACCUUUUUAGCUUGAUAAAUGUCAUUCAUUAUUAUAUUGCCAAAAUACGCUUUGUGAUUGAAGUGUGCUGUGUGCAAUCGUAUGGGCAGUUCCCUCUGGACACUGGGCUGCCACACUAUAGAUUGCGUUUCUACUCCACUAUAUAUUGGAGAAUGCUUCCUGUAGAUGGAAUGAACUUGCAUCGCGGGCGGUAGAAGUGGGAUCGAUCCACUAUAAAGCUGACCAGACAGUGUUAUGUUUUCAGUUUCUGUCAACUUGUGUGUGUAUUUUUGCAUGCGUCAUCCAGAACCACUCAAGAGAGAGAGAGAGAGAGAAAGAAAAGAAAACCUCAUCCAUUUCUACUCUGUUUUUUAAGUGCCAAGAAGGUUGCAUUAGCUCCAAGAGGCUAAGAGGUUAGCUGCAGAUAUAAUGCGCAAUUCAGUCACCACUGCUAUAUAUCGAUAUAUAUAGAUAGAUAUAUAUCUUCAUGCUACAGUGACAACCCUUCUUAGGGUCGAUCUUGAUUAAGUGCCAAAAGAAUCACUUUAAAUUAUUCACUGACGUGUCAAAAAAAAAAGUCGGUUAAUGCUUUAUAAAGGGACUCAAGACCUCAGACUGAGGGGCGACUGAAAGCCCAGACAAGAAGCUGACUGUGGGCCUGACCUGGCCCGGAUGCCAGCCGGGUCUGAGCCAGAGCCAGUUCCCCUCUCCUCUCUGGAAAAGCGGCACUCACUCGACAGGAACUAGGAGAGAUCAGACGACCUCCACCCUGCCACUGCCAUCUCUCUGGAUUUUGAGCAUCUGUCUCGAAGCGCUCGAAGGCAGCUAGGUACGAUAACGAAGGAAGUGGGGCUGGACUAUCACCCUGUAAAAAAUUACACACACACACACACACACACACACACACACAAACAUACACUCUUGGAUGUGAACAGUUUGGGGGUGGGUGGUUUUUAUUCAUUUCUUUUCCUCCCCCCCCUACAUGGAGAGUGUACUAUCCAAACAACAAGCAAGAACAAAGUAAUUUCUCUCAUUUAUAAUGCAUCUGGCCCACUAAAGAUGAGUUAUAUUCCGCUGUUGGUUUCAUCUACACAGACAAGGUCAUUAGAGGUUAAAGUCAAGGUGUGCUAGAAAUUGCUUAUGAAAUUGUUCUAAAUGGGAGCCAAGCCAGGUUCUAAGCUGGUUCUUUUUUCCAAUGGUAUUGGGGGUUCAGUCUUGUGCAUGGUAACUGCCGACGUUCAUCUCAGUGUUGUGCUGUGGCAAGUGCAAUGCUAGCUUGUUGUUUACAUCAAAUACUUGAAACUUGAUAGUGUUAAUGGUGUACGUUGAAUUUUAUUUUUAGUAUUGGGGGUAAAUAUCAUACCAAAAGAUGCUUUCUUUUAUUUUUUUUAUUUUUCCUUCCCUCCCGUUGCCUUAGAACACCUCGCACCAAACAUGAUCCUCAGACCGUCCACACACACACACACACACACACACACACACACACACACAAUAUGACCUCCUCUUCCUGACUUGUAUAGCUGAGUUUAAAAGCAGUGUUUGAGGACGAAAUGACAGGCAAAGAGUGCAUCAUCCCCCAUCCAGGUGUCUCAUCUCUGUUGUCUCAGGUGAAGAGGAAUGAAGAGAUCUAGAGCAGAGAGAGACAGAGAGAUUGAGAAAGAGAGAGCGAGAAAUACAGAGAUAGAGAGAGAAAGAGAGAGAGAGAGAGAAUCCCCUUUAGCUCUGGUUUCCUGCAGCAGCUUUGAAGCAGCGCUUUGAUCUCACCUAGUCGUGUGCACAGCGUGAUCAGAAGAUUUAGAAAAAAAAUAGAUAUAUAUCCACAUCAAAACCGAAAGAGGGCCUCGAACUUCAGCAGGGAUUGACAUGAUUGACAUGGAAUAAUGCAGGCAGCUGCUGGGGGGGCCUCUCUAGGGCCCAGCUGAUGGUCAUGGACAAGUCACCUCAUUCACCAGCAGCUCAAUUAAACACCGAUCGCCCACAACACUACAUCUUACAUCACACCCAUAUGCUACACUGUAUCAAGGACUAUAACAAAUAAAGUGUUGCUUUUUCCCCCUCUGCCAUAAUUGAAGUCUAUCCGUUAUUGUCAUCGGCCCCCUCUUAUCAUGCAGUGAUGCUAACUGAAAGGACACCUUGUCAGGCUACUUACACUACUCACACUUGUCAUAGUGUAGGAGGGAUUUGUAAGAUUGUAAGAUGAGAUUUCACAGAGUAGGAUAUGUUUUUGUUAUUAUUUUAUUUAUUGUUGUUUUUUGUUAGGCAUCCUUUCAUCCUAAAAAGGUUUUUUAGUUUUUGUUUCUUUUUUUCUUUUUUUGAGACGCGGAAUUCACCUACACUCAUGUGUUCACGUAGUGAUGAUCUUCCACAUUUGGUCACUUUUGAGCCUCAACUUAAACUUCCACUCUGGAGCCCCUACCGUAGUGUUGUUCAGGUCUUUCGUGGCUCUCACACCAUGGCAAAGGGGACUCUUUCAGUCAUUGGACAGUCAAAUGCUUGCACAGGCCACAUUAUAUAUUUUUUGCCAUUCCACAGUCAAAAGCCAGAGAGAUGGGCCUGAAUAUCACUGCAGAAGAAAUGAAUAUCCUUCCACUUCAAAACACAGUACAUAAUAUACCAACCCUUCUUUGUUGACACUGGAGUUGUGUAUUAUUGUAAAUAAAAUAAUAAUUAUGAUAAUUAUUAUUAUUAUGGCUGUCUGUUCUUGUUGUUUUAUAAAGGUGUUGUGAAAAUUGUAAGAAAGGUCAAAUAUUUAAAAAAAAAAAAAGGUUGGUCUUGUUUUUUUUUUUUGUUUUUUUUUUGCGUUUGUUAUGAUAAUAUAUUAUUGUGUACCUAUUGUAAAUAUGAAGCACACCUAUUUUGCAAGCCAAGGAUUCACUUUGUACCGUUGUUAUAUAUAAAUAAACUUUACUGGUUAAAAAAGCGA